CAGAGUUGGGUGCAGCACCAGCAGAGGAGGAAGCGGAGUUUCCGGCUGUUUGCAGCGGAGGGAGAGGAUUGCUGACGCCGCGAAACCCCGAGAAAAACGCCGCCGGCUCGGGGGCUAAGAGUUUCUAGCAUCUGUAGUGGUCGUUUUCUUUCAUAUCGGGGGAUCUGGGGGCAGGUGAUUCUUUUUACGGGCCCAGGGGGUCGGACAGCAAACCGAGUAGAAGAAGCGGCACAAGGCGGGGGUGAGCCACCAGCUACCGGCAUGGCCAGGGACUACGAUUACCUCUUCAAGCUGCUCAUCAUCGGUGACAGCGGAGUGGGGAAGAGCAGUCUCCUCCUGCGAUUUGCAGACAACACAUUUUCAGGUAGCUAUAUCACCACGAUUGGGGUGGACUUUAAGAUCCGGACGGUGGAGAUCAACGGGGAGAAGGUGAAGCUACAGAUCUGGGAUACAGCAGGGCAGGAGCGCUUUCGCACCAUCACCUCCACAUACUACAGGGGAACACAUGGGGUCAUAGUGGUAUACGACGUCACGAGUGCCGAGUCCUUUGUCAACGUUAAACGAUGGUUACAUGAAAUCAACCAGAACUGUGACGACGUGUGCCGAAUAUUAGUGGGAAACAAGAACGACGACCCCAACUCCAAGGUGGUCGAGACGACUGACGCACAGAAGUUCGCUGAGCAGAUGGGAAUCAACCUGUUUGAGACGAGUGCAAAAGAGAACAUCAACGUUGAAGAGAUGUUCAACUGCAUCACAGAGCUAGUGCUAAGAGCCAAAAAGGAGGUGCUCGCCAAGCAGCAGCAGCAGCAACAGAACGACGUGGUCAAACUCACCCGGAACAGUAAACGAAAGAAAAAGUGCUGCUAGCAAACUCAAGCUAUCCACACAAGGCCGGCGGCGUCUUUUCUUCACGCACACACAAACACACACAAACACACACACACGCACACACAAGUGGGACUCAGAGCGUCUAAAUUAAAUAGCAGAUAAAGAUUUAAUAAAUAUACAGUGAAAGAUAAAAAAAACGAAUAAAUAAAUGGAGAAAAAAAAUGUCCCCUUUGGACAAACUAAUCAAGAAGACUUUAAAAAAAAAAAAAAAA